AUGUGCAGUACCGGUGUGAUUGUUAGCUUGCUUGUUUGUUGUUCUUCUUCAACUCCUCAAUCAGCAUAUGCAGACGCUUCAAGGGGUAAAGAUGGUGAUAGCAGCAAUGGGAAGAGAGUCUACAAAGAUUACUCUGUCAUUGGUAUACCUGGAGAUGGUAGAUGUUUGUUUCGUUCAGUGGCUCAUGGGUUUUGCCUACGCUCUGGUAAAGUGGCUCCAAGCGAGAAGGUGCAGAGAGAACUCGCUGAUGAGUUACGUGCAAGAGUUGCUGAUGAAUUUAUCAAUAGAAGACAAGAAACAGAAUGGUUUGUAGAAGGAGAUUUUGACACAUACGUCAAGCAAAUCCGGAAGCCACAUGUGUGGGAGGUGAACCUGAACUCUUUAUGGCUUCACACGUCCUCGAGUAACUUUCUCUCUUCUUUCUUUCAUGUGCAUGUUUUUGCCUCUUAUAAGCAUUCUUGA